CGUCACUGCGAAGAGCGCAAGCGCGUAGCGACGUCGUGCGAUAUUCGGAAUUUGAAAAGUUAAAUUUUAAUUUUUAUCGAUAUCGCUGAUUCCGGAGUGCACACAUCACUAUUUGUCUUUAGGGAUCGAACGGACGGUUCGACAUUUCAAAUUUAAAGUGACCAAUAGAGUGAAUGCGCAGGAUUCCGACCACGUGGUAACGCAAACGGGAGUUUUUCUUUAGAAAGAUGUUAAAUGUUUUUCACAGAAUACAAUAUUUCUUGUAUUUUGCUAUAAAGUAACAUUUUAAAGGACUUUUUAGUGAGUUUUGUGGUGUACAUUGCAACAGUUUGGUGGUAUUGCGUCACCUUUUGCGGCGAUUAAAGCUACCCUCAGAUCCUCUCCAUCAUCAUGCGUCAGUUGGUGCUGGUGUUUGCUGCCCUGCUGGCCUGCAGUCAGACAGCCAACGUGGAUAGGCACGUCAAGUUGAUAUCUGAGCUGGAUAAUACCAUUGAGAAUAAUGCACUACCAACAACGAAGCAGUACCGAAAGUUCGUGGCCCUAACCAGCCGCCCCGCCGGCGCGGUAGAGCACCCGGCCGGCGCUCCACUCGAGCUGACCUGCGCAGGCGUCGGUGCGCCCGCGCCAAGCGUGCGCUGGUUUAAGAAUGAUGCUCCUAUUUAUGAACACGAUUUAGAGUCCAACGAAAUAAUAGACGCCAACCCUACUUCGCUAGCUCGUGUCACAUCCUCCUUAUUAAUACCAACCACACAAGACCAGGACACGUAUACUUGCGUCAUUUCUGCUGGCUUGAAGACUGCCAGGGCUUCUACUAUAGUUUACAGCGAUGGCGAUGGCAGCACAGACGAACAAGAGCGCGCAAAACUGACGCCCCUAACGCCCCGAAUUCUCGUCUCAUACAAAGUUUUCAUCGACCUCAUAGGCAACAGCAUCGUCCUCCCAUGCAAAGUGAGGGGGCAUCCACGACCACAUGUUACAUGGAAGGACAAUAAAGGAAACUUCGUCAAAAACAACCCAAGAAUGAAGGUGCUCCGUUCAGGUGAACUAGUGAUUUCAUCUCUCCGUUGGACAGAUAUGGGUGAAUUCACUUGCCACGCAGAAAAUGCUUUCGGAAGCAAACACGCCACUACAUUUGUGUAUCCUGCUAAAGCCGGUUAGACACGACGCAAAAAGUAUUAAGCUCCACAUUCGCAAUUAUACUUAACCAGGAUGUUCCUAUAGUUAAGUUAUUAUAAGACCAGUUCACACAAUACGUCGCAAACGCAGCGGUCCGAACGUCCGAUCACCAAACAACAUGGCGGAUGAAAUAUACGAAUAACACAGCCAUAUUUAGUAUUAAAUAUGUACUUACUAAAAUCAUUAUAAUUUUAAUGGAUUAUCGUGGAUUUAAUUUGUACUAAAUAAUUACUAAAUCUGUGUUACGAGGAUUUCAACCAUACUUUUACGUUUUUGAGGUUGAAAGUUGAAAAUGUGAUUCAAUUGAUAUUACAAUCAUGGAAUAAAAACAUUGGUUGUUACCCGAAAAUUAAGGGUUGUCAAAGAGAAAAAUAAUUAAUUAUGUUUCUUUUUCACGAAUUUAAAAAAGCUUAGGAGGUUAAAGAAACUUAGGUGAGUCAUUACCUAUUUUUUAUGUUUGAGAACUUUGAAAACAGUGCUAUCCUUCCGUGAAAGUAAGAUAAACUAUUGUCUUCUUUCUACUCUCAAAAACGAAUGAGGUCCUUGCUUUUUUUGCCAAAACAUCUCCGGAUUCUGAGACACAUUGUCUUUGCCAUAAAUCAAAAACAGAAAAAGUUAACUUUAAACAAAGUAACCAUUUUACAAAUCAUUUUUUUACACAGGGCUAAUUAUAUUUGUUAUUUCUUCCUGAUUAGAAUUAUAUUUGACACUUAUGAAGUUUUUUAUAACUUAUAAAGGAAUGCAUCAGCAUAAUUUGUUUAAGUAUAAGUGUAUUUAAAGGUACUUUGUUAUUGUACCAAAAGUCAAAAUAUUGUCUAAAAGUACCAAAAAAGUACAAAAAAAUAUAUUAAUUACUUUAUUAAAAAAUAAUUUGUAUAUUUUUAUGUUUUUAUUCUUGUUUUGGGGGUAGACCGUUAAAAGCGACGGUUUUAAUUAUUGUGUAUGAAAUAUCUUUUAAAAACGAAUUUGCCUGUUAUAAUUAUUUGUCGCUGUUGUACAACAGCAUGAAGGUACACAGUAAUUACAGUUGAAAUGGAAAUGAUGAUAAAAGAGUUCGUAUGGAAACUCUGAAGCCGGUUACAAAUCACGAGAAUAGAAUGAAGAGUAUACGUAUAUAAGUCGUGGCCAUAUCAGAAAUCAGAAUCCAGAAAAAACAUCCUUAUUUACGUUUCAAUUGCAACUAUUAAAUAAAGAAGUACCUACUUAUUGAGGUCGAUUGCUGUAACAACAUACUUAUUAUAUUUUCUAUACGAGUAGACUGUGAUUCGAAUAGUGAAUUAAAAUGAAUAAAUCAAUGAAAC